AUGAUCCUGCUUGUCUUUGGUCGAAAACCUUUUGAAAGGAACUCGCCGUGUCGACAACAUUUAGGCCGAUUUCUUCGCUUCCUGAUCGCGUUCUUGGCACUAGCGGUGACGUCCCCAUUCUGCAAAGUGGUUUACGAUCUUGUACCCGUGCAUUAUUAUGCAUUUGCGGCGGUAUUGUUGCCUGUGGUGGGAUUGGCGGCAGAACAAUUUCUCAUCAAAGCGACAAAGGAGCUGGAGGUUUUUAUACCGACGAUCAUUGCCUUCUCCGUGGAUUUGUUGACUGCACUUUUCGUCUCUGUGUGUAUAUCAGCAUCGCCACCGAUCCACGUCUCCAUCCUUUUCAUCGGAGUGGACUUGGCUCAGUUAUGGUUAGAGUAUCGCGAGGUAUCUGCACACGCUAAUACGGUUUUAGAGUUCAUUCGCAAACAGCAAUCUUCCGAGGGAAAAAAUACUGGCGACAAUUCUGCUGUUAGAGGAAAACUCCUGGCACGGAUGAUCGCAGUGACUCGAAACCCGAAAACCUUCAAACUCGCGUGGAAGAACAGUGUUCGCUUGUGGGCUUGUCUUCCGCACCCCCUGGCACGAGACCAAAGGGAUCAACUUCGUGUACUGGAAGCCUCUAGAUUUGAGGAGUAUCAAAAGAUAUUAUCUCACAGACAAGAAAGUCAACCGAGGAAAGUCACCGUGACUUUCAAGUUGGAGUGGCAGCAGUCGUACCGGCGCACACCAUCGAGCGGUUCAACGCAUUCGGCACCGCAAGGGAAACCAUUCAUUGUAGAGGGGUUGCAGCUGCUCUUCCAAUGCGAGUAUCUUGUGCUGGUUGAGUAUGUUGAGUGCAUCAUACCUGUCGUAUUUACGGUCUACAAGUCAAUCCUGCAGCAACUACCGAAUGUCGUGUUCUACCCGGUUGGAGCUGGAAAGUGGGGUGUACGCUCCAUGGGGAAUACGCUUGCAUUAGCAGCACUGGAGGCUGCGUCGCUAGUGCUACUCCACCAUCUUUUGCAUCGCAAGUUUGGCUUUUCACCAUUCUACCAGCUUGGAUUCGUUCUCGAGACGCAGAUCCACAUGGUUCAAAUGAGGCUAUUCCUCGAAUUUGUGGUUCUACUGCAGUUUGAGCUCGAGCAUCUUGGUGUUGAUUUCACGUUUCGCUUCGAGUGGCUGCGUGGCAACAGUUAG